AUGAAAUCUUCAAGAGAGUCACUCAUGGACUCACUGAGAGGAGUGAGGCGCACAAGCCGGGCAAAGGCAUCGACGCGGACCGGGUCGAUCUCGUCGGCGUCGUCGGCAGUGAGCUCGCCUCAACGGACGAGUUUCUUUUCGAGAAGUAGGUCUCGAGAAGUGUCGCAGGAUGCCGAAUCGAUGGAUGAGGCAUUACAGGGGGUGGGGAGUGCAAGAAGCUCGGUCUACACGUUGCCGUCGGAACACGCACGGAAGCUUGCCGGGACGGGGUUCAAGAAAUCGCACCGGCACACGAUCUCGGACGAGUUUCACAUGGAACCCCCGGAUUCGACCGAGCAGAUAGAGAGGAUGUUUAACGAGGUGAUGGCGACGCGGGAUUUCGGGAACCUUCCAGAAAAGGCGAGGCGGCAGAUGGAGAACUACUCGCCGGACCGGAAAUGGAUGCUUAUCCGGCAGCACAAGCUCGCGGAGUUCAAAAAGGAGAAAAUGAGGGAGCAGGAACAGCAGAGGGACACAAAGCGGGCUUCUUCGUCGCGUCUGUCGACUGUUUCUGCAUCUGGCAUGAUCCGGCGGUCGAAGGGACCCGGUGCAGGGCCGAAAAAACAGCAGUCGGAGCCGAAUUUCUACGUGGAGCAGCUCAUAAGCAACGAAAUCACUCUUGAGCAGCUCAAGGAGUUGGACAUCUGCUUGAGCUCGGAGGAGAUCGCAUGGACGCGGCGGUUCCUUGAGCAGGAGGGGGCGCUUUGCCUCUGUAACGUGCUCAACAACUUGUACAAAACAUACCCCCUAAUUCCGAGCGGAGGUGGUGUAGACCCUGAAGCACGGGAACGGGACCAAAAGAGCCUCCCCGUGGCGAAAAAGCUGUUCACGAACAUCUCAGAGGACUACGACUGCGUGCUGGAGAAGGAAAUGCGGCUUUUCCGGUGCAUUAAAGUGAUUGCAGACCUCUCGGUGGGUAUCGAGUACCUGAAAAAGAGUGGAAUCUUCAUCCAGGCGAUAUUCGGUGGCCUGUUCUCGUGCAAGCCGCAGGUCCGCAAGUGGGCAACCGACAUAAUUGUGUACUUCUACCACAAGACGGACUACGGGGCGACGAUCUACCGGAUGAUGCACGAGGGCCUCUCGAUAAACGUGCAUUACCGAUUUCUGAAGGCCCUGUACGCGCGCCCGGACAACUCCGGGGGCCUGGACGACCGCUCGCGGUACAUACUUGCGAACGGGGACGCAGUGAAGCGGUUCGAGGUGUGGAUAUGGGGUGUGGGGCGGCUGUUUUCGGGCCGGGGCCGCAUGGGGUCGAAAGUGGGGGUGUAUCCGGAGUUCCGGUACUCCGGAACUGUCUCGGACGGUUUCCUGGUCGAGUACGCACUCUCCACGCUGUUGUUGAUGAACACGCUCGUGCAGAGAUCACAGUCUUUGGCAGAACGCAUCCAGGUGCGGCGAGAAUUCGCCGGUGCAGGGAUGAAGGAGGCGUUUGAGAGUUUCAGGAAGUUACAGAGCACGGACGUGGACCACAGCCUGGCCAGUAUGGAGCAGGCAGAGCAGGCGGACCAGGUGGAGUUGCGGCAGAUGGAGGAGUUCAAGAACAGCAACAUCGACUUCAACGACCCGGUGAGCCUCUUCGAGGCGAUGUGGCGGAAAUCUCGGCACACGGAGGCUGGCCGGCACCUCAUGUCGAUGAUGCAGACGUUGUUUGUGAGCCAGUCGGGCAGCCUGACAAAGGCAGACCCGGCCAGUGUGCAGAGGAGCUUCAAGUUGGUGGACAACUUCGUCAACAACAUCACCUUGGCGUCCGGAGACGACAGCACCGACAUGAACAUCUCGCUCAACAAGCUUUUGUCCUCGUACCAGUCCGAGGAGGUGGCUCGCCGGGCCAUGGCCGAGGCUGCAGACGUGAAAAAGCGACUUGAGCAGGUCGAGGCCGAGAAGGCAAACGCUCUACAGCAGUUGAACGAGGGCUCUGAGGGUGUGAUCCAGCAGAUGAAGAAGGAGGUGUCUGAGAGAGACAUGCUCAUGCGGCGGUUGAGGCAGAAGGUCGAUGAGCGUGACAAGGAGGUGUCCGAGCUCAAGUGGAAGCGUAUUUUGGACAAGCACCAGCAGGAGAUGGAGAUGCGUGAGAUGCUUCUGUUGCUUCACAGUUACCAGGUGCAGGGGCGGAGGGGGACUGCAUUAGAGGCUUCAAAUUCAUCUUCAGGCUCUUCAGGCUCUUCAGGCUCUUCUUUAGGUCCUUCAAGUUCCUCUUUAGCCCAUCCAUCCAAUUCCCGCCUCUCCGGCCGCUCUCCAGCCGUCACAGAGCUCGAAAACAGGUUGAAGACCAAAGUGGGCCAGAGCAAACUCGAGGCCCGGCGACUUGGGUCCGCGAGUGUCGAGCCAAGUGCCAAGCUCCGCGAUUUGAGGCUGAAGAUGGACCUCCUGGAACGAGAGGCCCGGGACUUGGAAAAUAUGGACUUUGAGGAGUUCCAGGAGAAGAUUCCAGAGCCUCCGGCCAAAUCCGACCGCCAGGCAGACCUCCAGACACUUGCAGCUUUGAGGAAAAAGCUUGAUUCGCUCCAGAUGGAUGCUAACAAGGUCAUCAAGGUGCAGAACGACCUGUCCAAGCAGGAUGCAAUGAAGAAAAAGCGGUUCGAAGCCUUGGACCGGCUUUCAAAACUCCAGCGGUACGCCGAGGACCUCCGGAUCUCCGAACUCCAGAAAUCGCCCAAUGCGGGAAAAUCACACUCCUUGGACCCAAAGCUGCAGAAGUCAAACUCGCGUUCUGCCCGCUUGAGGGGCGAGUUGGACUCCAUUGAGGCUCUCUGCAAGAACUUGAAGGAUACCCUCACUUCCGAAAAGUCCGUGUCCAACGUUGGCAUAUCCAGCGGUGGCGUGGGAGCUGCUCCCGCUGCGCGAGUGCAGGCGGCCACUGCCAAAUCGGGAAGUGCUGCUGCACAGACGCAGGUGCCCACCGCCCAGCAGUUGCUGUCCAAGUUCGAGGAUAGGUACUCCAGGGGAAGAAAGGCGCAGCCCAGGGUGCUGCCUGCUAUUGCAGAUGUGCCUGGUCCGGACAGAGAGGCUGCACAACCGUUUCUCGGCGAGUUGCAGCGGACGGUUGCCCGGCGUGGUGCGAUUGACGACGAGGGUGCCGACGCAGCUGUGCGUACAGGGGGUGCGAAAACAGGGAGUCGCCAUGCAGCUGUGCAUACGCGUCCUGCACACGCCCCGUCGUCCACUUUGCCAGCCAACCCGGCCCUUCAACCCACAGUCAAACCGGCAUCCAGCCGCCCCGCAAAACUUAAGAGAAUCACGUCUUCGCAAAGUGACUCUCAUCACCAUCAUCACCACCACCAUCACCAUCGUAAAGAUGGAAAAUCUCGCACAAAGCACAUUAGCUCACACCACCACUAUGUUGACGGCAGCGUUUCAGUCGACAGCUUCGACGCAAACGUGUCCUCGUCGCGGGACAGCAUCGGCAGCCACAGGACCUCUGCUGGUUCUGGUGGCCGUUUGAGUACAGCGAGUACUUACACCGGUGAGGAGUCGAUAGCAGAGACAGAACAGGGGGUGAAUGGAGUUUCCGCUGACGGAUCGAGGUCUGGCCGUGUUGUUUCCAGCUCCAGCACUGUUGAAAAUAAGGUGAAUGCUCGGCCAAACUAUAACGAGGUGACGGUUCACACGAGUGGCAAGAUUAGCGAAAGACGUAGAGGAGGUGAGAGAGAAUAUAUUGGAAGUGAGAGAGAAGAUACUGGAGGUAUUGAAAAGAAACAUACUGGAAGUAUGGAAGAGGGAAAUGGAAGCCUUGAAAAAGACGGUGGUAAAAGUAUUGAAAGCACUGAAAUCGCUGAACGUCCUGCAUAUGCUGCGAGCGUCCAUUCUAGUGUUUCCCGUAGCCUUUCUCACACAAAAUCAGCUUCUCGAAAUUCAAAUACUUCCCAAAGACAGGCAGGCAGAAACUUUGAGGGUGAUGAAGGUGGUGAGGUCAACGUUCGCCACGAAAGCAUCAAUUACGGCUCACGCAGAGCCUCCAAGAAGCUUUCGGUCAUUUCCAUGGGCUCGGGAAGAAGGUCGAAUGUAUCGAGUAUGAUGUCGGGCGAUGAUGAAAUGAUGUCGGCCGAGGAGUAUGAUGAUGAUGAUGAUGAUGUAGAGAUCGAGAGCGCGGAGAUGGCGAGUAUGGAAAGAGGAAGUGUAAGGGUGAGAAGCGUGGAUGUAAGGGAUGCAAGUUCUUAUAAAGAGGGUGCAGAGAGUAGGGAUAGAGAUGAAGCAGAUGGAAGUGUUGAUACCACAUUUAUGGGAAGUGCAUCCAGAAAUGUAUUCAAAGAUAAUGCAUCUCAAGAUGAUACUUGUACAGAAAGUGCAUCGAAGGACAUAUCUCCGAUCAAAAGACGCCACAUCCCCAGAAGAAAGAAAAUCGCAAGCAAUAUUGAAGUGGAAAGCAGCGACUUUGACACAUCUGAAGAUGUGUUUAGUGAUGCUGAGGAGAGCGUGAGUUCUAGAAAGAAAGCCUUUACUGGAUCUCCAUCGAAGGCAACGCUAGGCAAGAAUCUCAGCAACUCUGUGAAACUCGUCAAGAGUGUUCCUGCUCCACCUCCGCUCCCACCAUCGUUAUCUCCAGUUGUUGAGCAAGUUGAAGAGAUGCCGGAGCGGACAUUUAGGCAAAUUGUGGAGAGGCAUGUUGAGGAAACCCAGAUUGAUGGGGAAGAGAGUGAAGAGGAAGCAGGAGCAAACAAGUACGAGUCUAAUGCAGCAGGUGAGGAGAUGAGUGUGAAGGAAGUUAAGGUGAGAGUAGAGAUUACGGAUACCAAACAUGAGAUUAAUGCUAAUAAAGCCGUGGAUGAGAUCGGGGCCGAUGAUAAGACUAUCGAUAAACUUAAAAGUAAAGAUGUUGAGCAUCCUGAAGCACCUAAAGAUGCUAAAGAAGACAAAGCAGUUCCUAUUCCGCCUCCACCACCACCCCCACCACCGCUUCCACCUGCGUUUGCUGCAAAAUCGAAGUCUCCAGUGUCUCCAGCAGCUCCCCCACCACCCCCACUUCCUACAUCUUUAACUUCAAGUGCUGCUUCAAGUGCUGCAUCCACUCCGGUGCCACCACCGCCUCCUCUUCCGAUUUCAAGCACUCCAACGCCUGUUCCGUCACCAAUCAUGCCUGUAGGACCAUUUGACAUGCUCCCAAGGCCAAAGAAGAAGCUCAAGCAGCUCCACUGGGAAAAGCUUGAGGACACUGAAGACUCGUUUUGGGCAAACAUGGGGUCUGAAGAGAUCGCGAGAAGACUGCUUCAGAGUGGUGUGUUUGACGAGAUUGAGGUGAUAUUUGCCGCCAGAGAAGCGAAGAAAAUCGCAAAAAGAAGGAAGGAGGAGGAGAAUAAGAUCACCUUCUUGAAGACAGACGUGUCGCAGCAGUUCGGCAUCUGCCUCCAUUCAUUCUACAUGCUGUCCGACUACAAUGUGGUGCUGAAGAUCUUGCAUUGCGAUGAGGAAGUGUUGUCAAAGCCAGCAUUGCUGGAAUUUCUUGCCAAACCCGAAUUGAACGAGAUAUCCGUCAACUUGACGAAGAAUUUCGACCCGUACUCUACCGAUUGGCAGUCUGGACAGCCGCAAAAGCCCGAUAAAGACCCAGCAGAGCUUGCAAGAGCAGACAGGAUCUAUGUUGAGUUGAUCUACAACUUACACCACUACUGGAGAUCGAGAAUGCGGGCUCUAAACGCGAUGCUUAACUACGAGCGCGACUACGAUGAUCUUGUCCACAGGUUGGAGCAGAUAGACACCGCGUUGGAUGGAUUGGAGAAGUCCGACACUCUGAGAAGAGUCUUUGACAUCAUCUUGGUGGUCGGCAACUACAUGAAUGACACCUCAAAGCAGGCGAUGGGCUUCAAGCUCAGCUCCUUGCAGAGGCUUAACUUCUUGAAAGAUGACAAGAACGCGCUUUCGUUCCUUCACUAUGUUGAGAGGAUCAUUCACAAGAACUACCCAGAACUCGAGACCUUUGUGCAGGAUUUGAAGCCAACGAUCAUCGCUUCGAAGAUCAGCAUCGAGCAAAUCAAGAAGGACUGCAACAUUUUCGUUAGUACCGUCAAGAAUAUCGACUCCUCGCUCCAGAAUGGCAACUUGAGCAACCCCGACAAGUUCCAUCCCGAGGAUAAGUUCUUGAAAGUCGUUCUCAGGAGGUUGCCAAACGCACGUUCGAAGGCAACUUUGUUGGAUGAUCGUGCCAAGAUCAUCUUGGACAGGUUUGACCAGACCAUGAGGUACUUUGGUGAGGAUCCUCAGAGUGACGAGUUCACGCGAAACAGCUUCUUCAGCAAGUUUUCCGACUUCUUGAAGAGCUUCAAGAAAGCUGGAGAGGAGAACAGAGAGCUUGAGGAGAGAAACAGGUUGUACGAGAUCAGCAUGCAGAGGUUUAACGAGCAGAAGCAGAAGCAGGAGAAGCAGGAGAAGCAGGAGAGCAAGUCUGGAAGCUCCGACAUGGAGAAAUUCCUCAAGCAGCUCCGGCAAACCGGACCUUUGCGUUCGGAACCGACCUCUGCCAAGAUCAAGGAGUGGGCCAAGAAGCAUUCGGCAAGAAAGAAGCAGGCGGAGAGCAGUUCAAGUGCCAAAUCAAAGUCUAAUGAAGCUUCGGACGAUGAGCCGGCUGCAGAGCUUCCGCAGGAGGAUAAGGAGGAGGAAAAUAUUAGAAACAGGACCCACGAUCUUUUGAUGAAGAUCUCACAGCAGUCCAAGGAGGGUUCAAGCAGCUUAUCUUCUCCCUUAUCUGCAUCAACCGGAGACCUAACAUUCCACUUGGGCGACUUCAAGCUCAGCGAUCGGAUGAAAAAGCGGCUGCAACAGGCUUCCCGAAGCAGCAGUGUGACUUCCUUGGAUAUGGACUCGCUGUCCAGAUCCGGCUCCUACUACACUUCAAAGACAAGGUUGCAAUCUGGUUCGACACCUUCUUUGGCCGAGAAAAGCGAAGAUGAGUCUGCAAACGAGGCAAACGACACUGUUACAGGUUGA